UCCCAACUCUGUGAUUCUGUAAGGCUCUCCUGCUUGAGCAGAGGGCUGGACUAGAUGACCUCCACGGUCCCUUCCCACUGUGAUUCUGUAAGGGAAACAGAUAUGGCCAUGCGCCUGUUUUAGCAGUUCCUGUCCCCCCGGGGGGGGGGGCGGAUCCUGAGAGAGGUGGGCAACGCCGGUGUUCCCUGCCCUUUGCCCUGGCAGCCGGCAAGGAUGGUGGCGCAUGGGUUAAUGAAUACCCGGGUAGGAGGGGAUGGGCAGUCCAGGAAUCCCUCCCCGCGCCCCUCCUCCAAAUCCCCCUCCCCCUUCAGCGCAGCUCCUCGGCUGGAGAAAUGUGGGGGGUGGGCUUCUCCUUGGCCCUGGCCGCCCUCCUGCAGGGGGAGCUGGGGAUCGACUGCGAGCGCGGCGCAGGGGAGAACAGGGUCAGCCAGGCUUCGGACCCCCCCUUUGCCCGGGACGAGACCCUCCCCACAACGACGGUCAACUGGACCAGUGACGCACCAGAGACGGGGCCCCCGGCCUGUCGUGGAAAGGAGGACUGCCCCCCCUGGAGCUCCUGUGAGGAAGACCACGUGGGACGCCAAAUUUGCCACUGCGGGCUGGGCUACCAUCCUCCACCCUGUGUUUGGCUGCAUGCCAGUCAAAGUCUUCCCUGCCCGGCUGACAGUCUGCAACCUGGAGCCCCCGGAGUCGUCGUCCUUGCGGGUUGCCUGCCAGAUCCGGCACUUGUUCCAGUGCAUCCUGGGCCAUUUGGAGGGGUACCUGGACUCCCCGGUUCAUGCGCUGAACCUGUCCAGCCGGGAGGUGACCAUCCUGCAUCACUUUUCUGCUCGGGGGCCGUCACAUUCCGAGGUGGACGCGGCGGUGGAGGGCUUCCAGCGCAGUGCCACAACAGCAGCCUGCAGGAUGCUCUGUUUGCGACCACCUAGGCACCUACCAGGCCUUGAACCUCUGCCGGUUGGAUGUCUGCGACCCCCUCUCGACCACCUGCUCCUCCUCAGGUGGUUUGGUCGGCUGCACCUGCCGUCCCGGCUUCUUCCGGGCACAUGUCAUGGACCGCACCUGCACAGGUGGGCUGGCCUUGGGGAACCCCCCAAUACAGCUUGUGAGAGUGGAUUUUGGCUGCGGAAUGGCACCUGUGGUCAGGUGAGUUGCAUUUAUACUUAGCAGAAUCGGGUCCUGGAUUCUAAUUCUGCCUCCGGGGACUCUUCAAAACCCCACUCUGGGAAUUGCAGGUCUUCCAUCGCAGGUCAUUUUGAAGAGAGAGAGGGGGGGGGGGAACCCGGACAACCAUUUGGAAUAAAAGACUGGUGAGCCUUCAGUCUCUGGGGGGUGGACUAGAAGGCCUCCCGGUCCCUUCCGCCCUAAGAUCCCAUGAUGAGAAAGAGGCAGAUUGAGGCCACUAGAGGGCAGCAGUGCCCAUGUCCAGGGCUUGGCAGAGCAGAGAGCCCACCUGGCAGAGGCUGAGCGAGGCUUCCGGCUGCCCCAAGUGCAGCCAGGUGUUUCUUUGGGUCCCACAACGCAAUUCUGGUUCCCCCCCUUCCUCCUGGCCAGUGGGAGGAGCCCCCGCCAGCCCUCCCACCUCUUCCUUCCCUUCCAGGUGCCCCUUCGGCUUUGGCGGUGCUGCCUGCCAUGACCCUCUCCUCUUGGCCCUGGUGGGGGUCUCCUGCUUAGCGGGUCUCCUGCUGUGUCUGCUGGCUGGCCCUGCUGCUCUUCCGAAGAGGUCCCACCUCCCGGAGACCCCCGUGGCCCUGCCCCUCUCCCUCCGCUCGAGGGUCCUGAGCCUCCCUCGGGUGCGGCCGCCGGGGUUGGUGCCGGAGCCAGGAAAGACUGCCCCCCUUUGGCCCUUGACCCAGAGAGGGAGGGGCCGCCCGCAGGAGGAGCCCCUCGGAUGAAAACGUUUUUGGGGUCUCGGGUUCCUCCUCUCUCAGCCCCACAGACAACGGGGGGCUGCCGCAACCUGGUCUUCAUCGGUGACGCGGGAGAGCAGCCGAGCGGGAUCACUUCUGAGGAGCUGGAAAGGCUUUCAAUCAAUCGGAAUGGAGCUGGAGGGGUUCUUGGAGGUCCUCUAGUCCACCCCCUGCUGUAGCUGGAGACCCUUACAGAUAAGAGAGUGGGAAGGGACCUUGGAGGUCAUCUAGUCCAACCCCCCUGCUCAGGGCUGCAAGGUGGAUAUAUUACCAGGGAUGUCCAACCUUUUCAACUUUAAGACUUGUGGACUUCACCCCCCAGAAUUCCCCAGCCAGCAAUUUUGUUUCACUCUGUUGAAGUCACGAUAUAUUAUGUUCGCUGCAUAUCCACCAUCUACUAAUAAAGUUUUCAUAUGAAAAAAAUGGCCUAUAUUAUGUCCCUGCAUACACUGCAUAUACUAAUAAAGUCACCCUAUCAACCAAUGGGAUAAAGGCGUGUCUAUGUUGGUCCUUCGUCUCCUAUCCGUUCGGGUAAAUCCUUGCUAGCGAGGGAUUCUGGGAGUUGAAAUCCGCUGGUCUUAAAGUUGCCCAGGUUCGACAGUCCUGCUUUAAAGCAACCCGUUUUCUCACGCUGAAACUUUUGGAUCAACUGGAUCAAUGACACUCACUUGGAUCGGGAUCUGGGUCCGAAAGCCAACAAAUAAAAUGAAACUAAAGGAAAGUUUGUUACUAAAUAUUAGGGAUGUGUAG